GAUGGAGACGUGAUGAAUGUCUGCCAGCAGUCAGUAUCCCGAAUCAUAGCCCAAGUUUCUACGCUAUUAGCAAACAAAAUGAAAGAUUUUGUAAAAUUUCCAUCCACUGAAAGUGAAAUUAGUACAGUAAAGCAAACAUUUUAUGAAAUAGCUCAUUUUCCUGGAGUAAUUGGGUGUAUUGAUUGCACCCAUAUUAAAAUAAGAAGCCCAGGAGGACAAUCUUCCGAAGUAUAUAGAAAUAGAAAAGGCUAUUUUUCAAUCAAUGUGCAAGCAGUCACAGGGCCAAACUUAGAAUUUUUUGAUCUAGUAGCCAGGUGGCCUGGCAGUACACAUGACAGUUUCAUUUAUAAAAGCAGUGCUAUUAAGCAAAGACUAAAUACUAGCAUAUUAAAGGGAAUUAUUUUAGGGAACAGCGGGUAUGCAGUAAGCAGUGUUCUGCUUACACCAUUUUUGUCUCCACAUACAAACCCACAAGAAAAUUAUAACAAAAGCCACAUUAAAACAAGAAAUACUGUGGAAAGAUGUUUUGGGGUUUGGAAAAGAAGAUUUCCUUGUCUUCAAGUGGGAAUGGGUGUGAAGGUGGAGACAGUUGUAGCAGUGAUAUGCGCAUGUGCAACAUUACAUAAUAUUGCAUUAUCAGUAGAUGAUGUGAUGCCAAUGAAUUACUAUGAAGACAUUGACAUUCAAAAUGAUGAUGUUGCUGUUGCAGUAUCCGGAGAAAAUACCAACAGCAAUGGUUUUACAGUGCGACAAUCGUUGGUGGAUAGAUUUUUUCAAUAAUUACCAAAGAUGGCCUGAUUACUAAGAAAAACAAUUAUGUUGAAAUGACAAAAAGACUUGAUUUUCUAAUAAAUAUAUUACAAUAUC